AUGGAAAAGGAAAAACUGCUCAGGGUACUUAGAGAGAACAAGACGGCGAUUGGUUGGACAAUAGCUGACAUUAAAGGAAUCAGUCCUUCCAUGUGCAUGCAUAAAAUCUUAAUGGAGGAAAAUUGCAAGCCUAGCAUAGAAAUUCAGAGAAGAUUGAACCCGAACAUGAAGGAAGUAGUCAGGGCAGAGAUACUGAAGUUAUUGGAUGCAGGAAUUAUUUACCCAAUUUCAGAUAGUGCAUGGAUCAGUCCUGUCCAAGUGGUACCGAAAAAAGGGAGAAUCACAGUGGAGAAAAAUGAGAAGAAUGAACUAAUUUCCACCAGAACAGUUACGGGUUGGAGAAGAUGUAAGGAGACUAACUUAGUUUUAAAUUGGGAAAAAUGUCACUUCAUGGUGCAAGAAGGCAUUGUACUUGGGCAUAGGAUAUCGGCAAAAGGAAUUGAGGUAGACAAGAUCACUAAACAUUUAUGCAACUUACUAAUGAAAGAUGCAACUUUUGAGUUCAAUGAGGAUUGUCUCACAGCUUCUAACACUUUAAAGGAAAAGCUUACGACAACACCAGUGAUUGUAGCUCCAGACUGGGAAUUACCUUUUGAAUUGAUAACUCUAAAUGAUGCACAACUAAAUUAUGCAACCACUGAAAAGGAGCUGUUGGCUAUGGUGUUUGCAUUUGACAAAUUCAGGUCAUACCUCGUCGGAUCUAAAAUCAUCGUCUAUACUGAUCAUGCUGCAUUGAAGUAUUUGCUCACAAAGAAGGAUGCAAAAUCGAGAUUAAUUCGUUGGGUGCUGUUAUUGCAAGAAUUUGACAUUGAGAUACGCGACAAGAAGGGCAUCGAGAACGUAGUAGCAGAUUACCUAUCCAGACUAGAAUCUGGGGAGACAAAAGAUUUAGUGGAUAUAAAUGAGAUCUUCCCGGAUGAACAGAUGUUGAGAGUGGAUGAAGCACCUUGGUACGCAGAUAUUGUCAAUUACUUGGUCAGCUCCAUUCCAUCACCUGACUGCUCCAGUCACCAAAGAAAAAAAUUCUUUGCCGAGUUAAAAUAUUAUUUCUGGGAGGAUCCAAUUCUCUAUAGGCGAGGAGCUGAUCAGAUAGUUAGGAGGUGCGUACCUGAAGAAGAAGUACAUGAGAUUCUCGAUUACUGUCACUCAUUCGCAUAUGCAGGACACUUUGGAGCUUCAAAAACAGUUGCAAAGAUUCUACAAUCAGGUUUCUACUGGCCUACAUUGUUUAAAGAUACAUUUGAGAUUGACUUCAUGGGGCCUUUUCCCCCUUCGUUCUCAAACCAGUAUAUCUUGGUGGCAGUCGAUUACGUCUCAAAAUGGGUGGAAGCAGUUGCAUUGCCAACAAAUGACUCAAAGACAGUAAUUGGUUUCUUGAAGAAAUACAUUUUCACCCGAUAUGGUACACCGCGGGCUAUAAUCAGCGAUGGGGGCAAGCAUUUCUGUAAUCGCCAGUUUGAGCAGCUACUGAAUAAAUAUGGCGUUAAAUACCGCGUUGCUACUCCAUAUCAUCCACAAACCAGUGGGCAAGUUGAAGUUUCUAAUCGGCAGCUGAAGAGAAUACUAGAAGUCACUGUGAAUUCAUCUAGAAAGGAUUGGUCUAAAAAGCUGGACGAUGCAUUAUGGGCUUACAGAACAGCAUUCAAGACCCCGAUCGGCAUGUCUUCAUACCGCCUAGUCUUUGGAAAAGCACGUCAUCUGCCAGUAGAAAUGGAGCAUCGGGCAUAUUGGGCCAUGAAACAGUUAAAUAUGGACUUGAAUGUCGCCGGAGAAAAGUGUCUUCUGCAACUGAAUGAAUUGGAUGAAUUUAGAAUGGAGGCUUAUGAAAAUGCAAAACUUUACAAGGAGCGAACCAAGAAGUAG